AAUCUAUAUCCGUUCAUCACGAUCAAUCGUGGGGCCCAACUGUCUUGUUUCACCAGCUCCACCUGUGGACAAGAACUGGUUGGUGACCGUCUCACUUCCCCUAAGCCCCGAUAAACCAUGUUAGCCGAUUCCUUCAAAAUCUCCCACGUCCUCGUCCUAAUUUUCGCUUUUGCCCUCCGUGAUUCCCAAUCCCUAAGGCUCAAUUCGGCCCCGGAAAUCGAUGACUCCCUCACCUACGUCUGGCCUUUGCCCGCCGAGUUCACCUCCGGAAACGACACGCUCUCCGUCGAUCCCGGCCUCUCGCUCGCCGUCGGCGGCAACGGUGAAAACUCCAGCAUUCUCAGGGCGGCGUUUGAUAGGUACAGAAGGAUAGUGUUCAAGCACAGCGAGGGGGUUUCUGUGUUUGAUAGGCUUAGGGGAAGGAGAUCGGUGUAUGAUAUUAGCAAGUUGAAGGUUAUUGUUAACUCGGAUAGCGAAGAACUUCAACUCGGUGUGGAUGAGAGCUAUACGUUGUUCGUGGCCAAGAAUGACGGGCAGUCGAUUAUAGAGGAGGCGACGAUUGAGGCAAAUACUGUUUACGGGGCGUUGCGGGGGUUGGAGACAUUCAGCCAAUUAUGUGCUUUUGAUUAUGAAACUAAGUCAGUACUAGUAUACAAGGCUCCUUGGUACAUCCAAGACAAACCCAGAUUUUCUUAUCGUGGGCUUCUGUUGGAUACUUCAAGGCACUUUUUACCGAUUCAUGUGAUUAAGCAGAUAAUUGAAUCCAUGUCAUAUGCUAAACUUAAUGUCCUUCAUUGGCACAUCAUAGACGAGCAGUCAUUUCCUCUUGAAGUACCUUCAUAUCCAAAUUUGUGGAAAGGUUCAUAUACGAAGUGGGAGCGUUACACGGUUGAGGAUGCAUAUGAGAUUGUCAACUUUGCCAAAGUAAGAGGUAUCAAUGUCAUGGCAGAAGUUGAUAUCCCCGGUCAUGCAGAAUCAUGGGGCACCGGAUAUCCUGAUCUCUGGCCUUCUCCUUCAUGUAGAGAGCCACUUGAUGUUACAAAAAACGUUACUUUUGAUGUAAUUUCUGGUAUUCUGACAGAUAUGAGGAAGAUUUUCCCCUUUGAGCUCUUUCACUUGGGUGGUGAUGAAGUUAAUACAGAUUGCUGGAGCUCAACUCCACACGUGAAGCAAUGGCUUCAAGAUCGGAACAUGACUGCUAAAGAUGCCUACCAAUAUUUUGUACUAAAAGCUCAAGAAGUAGCAAUUUCAAAAAAUUGGACCCCUGUCAAUUGGGAAGAAACCUUCAAUACAUUUGCUUCAAACCUUAAUCCACGGACUAUAGUGCAUAACUGGUUGGGCGCUGGGGUUUGUCCUAAGGCUGUUGCAAAGGGUUUCAGAUGCAUUUUCAGCAAUCAAGGUUUUUGGUAUCUUGACCAUUUGGAUGUCCCUUGGGAUGAAGUCUACACAGCGGAGCCGGUUGAAGGAAUAAAUGAUAUUUCCAUGCAAGAGCUCGUGCUCGGAGGAGAAGUUUGCAUGUGGGGUGAGACAGCGGAUACAUCAAAUAUUCAGCAAACAAUAUGGCCUCGAGCUGCAGCGGCUGCAGAGCGCUUGUGGAGCAGGAGGGACGCCAUAUCCACCAGAAAUAUUACCUUAACUGCAUUACCCCGGUUGCAAUACUUCAGAUGUCUCUUGAACAGGCGUGGGGUUCAAGCUGCCCCAGUCGCAAAUAAAUAUGCCCGAAGCCCUCCGACUGGCCCAGGGUCAUGCUAUGAGCAAUAAUACUUCUAUUGGGAGAUUAGGUGGCUAUACACAGCUCAGGCUGCAUUUCUGUGCAUAGUUUUCAAAGAAUGUAAGCAAUGUGGAGAAGUCUUUUCUUGUGCCACACUGAUGGGUUUGGAAGCUUGGGCCUGUAAAAGUUGAGAUCAGUGUUGACUGUGAGGUCAGAUGAAUCUCAAAUCUGUCACUGGUGAUUUGGUGUGAUUGUAUUCGUGCUGUUGUUGUAAUUUACAUUCCUGUUAGAGACAUCUUAUUAUUAUUAUUAUUUCUCUGGUACUCUUUGCUAAA